AUGGCCCUUGUGCUGAUUGAGUUUGAGACCCCUGCCUUAGGCUUGCUGAAUGUGGAUCGAGCAAUCAUACACUCACUCUAUGGAUAUGGUGUGUGUAAUUGGCCGGGCUGUGAGUCUGUUUGUGAAAACAUCAGCCAGUUUAUCAAGCACCUGAGUAUUGAGCACAUGCUGGAUGACAGGAGCACGACCCAGUGCAGAGUCCAGAUGCAGGUGGUGCAGCAGUUAGACCUCCAGCUCUCUAAAGAACGGGACCGUCUCCAAGCUAUGAUGGCCCACUUGCACCUGUCACCUUUGGAACCACAGUCCCCUUCCAAACCUCAGAGUUCUGGGUCCAGUGUCACCAUGUCCAAGAGCCUGCCACCACUGUCCCCUCCAGAUGACCCUCGGGUAUCCCCAACGGCCCCUGUCACCUCCCAAUCCCCACCCCAGGGGCCUGCAGGACUCUGCCCCACAAGUGUGGGGGCAAUGCGAAGACACCACUCAGACAAGCACCCCUCUCUCUGCUCUCUGUCUUCAGAAAUUAGCCCAAAUCAUGAGAUGUACAGAAAUGCAUAUAUCAGGCCACCUUUUACCUAUGCUACGCUGAUAAGACAGGCUAUAAUGGAUGCAUCGGACAUGCAGUUAACACUUAAUGAGAUAUACAGCUGGUUUACACAGACCUUUGCCUACUUCAGACGCAAUGCUGCAACGUGGAAGAAUGCAGUCCGCCACAACCUGAGCCUGCACAAGUGUUUUGUGCGUGUGGAAAACGUGAAGGGGGCCGUGUGGACAGUGGACGAGGUGGAGUACCAGAGAAGGAGGUCUCAGAAGAUCACAAGAAGCCCAAUGCUAGGGAAGAACCUUCUCUCCAGCCUGGCUUAUGGGACUGCUCUUAAUACCAGUUUAAAAGAGCUGAAGUCGGGCUCCUUCAUGACCAGUAUCUGUGACGAGAGGGGCCUGGAGCUGAUCUAUGCUGCCAUGACCAUCAGGCAUUGGCAAACACCUCAGAAGGGACAAAAGAUUGGCAGAAGAGAUGCUUUUGAAAUGGAGUCCUCUGACUGA